AAAUACAUGUGAGAAACUACCUACUAUAGUUUCAUUACAUCAAAAUGGACUCAAGACAAGCAACAAGGACUGAAAAAUUUCAUUAUCACAACAGUCUCACAGCUUUGGUAAAAGGUGUAGAAAAUUCCUAUACAACAAUUGAUUUAAGAAAUGAUAGCUGUGUUUCUGGAAGAGUUAUUUCUGUGGAUGGUUAUAUGAAUUUAGAAUUAAAAAAUGCUGUUUAUUACGACCCAAGAGGUAGAGAACAUUACUUUGAUAACUUUUUUGUUCAAAAUCGAAAUGUGAGGUAUGUUCAUAUGCCAAGAGGAACAACCUGCAGGGAAAUACUGGAUACUCAAAUAAAUGGACUACAAAAUCCCAAUUGGCAUAGGGAUGAUACUUCAGGAUCUCAAAAAAACAGAAGAGCUAAACAAUAUAAUGAACAAACUAAAAGAGAUAUUGCAAUAAAAAAAUAAUUUUU